UUAGGGAUAGGGAUUAGGAUUGGAUUAGACUAAUGAAUGUUUUUGUUUGUUGUUAUUUGUGACUUGUGUUAUAAGUCUAUUGUGUUCUUGUGUCAAACUUUGUGAUCAAUAAUAUUUAGAUUUCUGAUCAUUUAAGUUUAUUUGUUAUUGGUUUGGGAAUACACGGCUAUCAUCAGAAAUACAGGCUAGGCUAUGUCAUCUUUACAGAAGGCUAUGUUGACAUCAAAGUUUCCUCCUAGGGCAACUGGUCAAAGGGGAAGACGGUCAUCUUUUGGAAGGCACAAGUCCCGUGACAACGAAGAUUAUACUCCUGUAGAGUGGAAUAAAUACUUUCAAGAACGUAGAGAUGUCAUAGUUGGGACUGAUAGUUUCCGCAUUUACACAAUUGGAGAAGAAGGUCCUGUAGUAGUCUUGCUGCAUGGGGGAGGAUUCUCUGCCCUAACUUGGGCCGUCUUGUCGAAAAUACUCUAUGAAAUGGCAGAUUUGCGAAUCCUGGCUUUAGAUUUGCGAGGUCACGGAGACACCAUCACAUCCAACGAUAGUGAUUUGUCCAUUGAUACUCUUGUUGGGGAUGUUAUCAAUGUUAUCAACACAGUGUACAAUGAAGACACUCCUCCAUUGGUGCUCAUGGGACACAGCAUGGGCGGAGCUGUGGCCGUCAACGUCGCCAGUAGUGAGAAAUGCCCUGGGUCUAUUGUGGGAGUGGCGGUGAUAGAUGUGGUUGAGGGUACAGCGUUGAGUGCAUUGGCAAGCAUGCAGAGCUUCUUGCGUGGCCGACCUCACAGUUUCAACUCUAUAGAGGACGCCAUCAAGUGGAGUUUACAGAACGGCCAACUACGCAACGUGGAGUCAGCCAAGGUGUCUAUGGCGGGGCAACUGAAGAAUGUCGGAUCUGGUCGGACGGCCACAGCAGAGCUGGACAACUACAAUACAUUGGGUGGAGGUAAUGGCGGGGGCUCUUGUGACGAGGAGGUUGCACUGGAAGAUGAUGCUAUCAGAGAGGAUGAGGAAGCUACGUUCAAACUACCGGGCAUAGGACGAGGCCAGUACACAUGGAGAAUAGACCUGAAGGCCACUGAGCAAUACUGGUCUGGCUGGUUCCAGGGAUUGUCUCAGAAGUUCCUCACAGCUAGAGCUACAAGGCUCCUGCUGCUGGCUAGCCUGGACCGCUUGGAUACAGACCUCACAAUUGGUCAAAUGCAAGGCAAAUUUGAGAUGCACACGUUCGACAGCGCUCACAACCGCUGUGGCCAUGCUGUCCAUGAGGACUUGCCUGUAGAUGUUGCCAAUGUAGUGGCUGCCUUCCUCAUACGCAACCAGUUCACAACGGCAAAGGAGAGCGAGCACAGGUUAAACCAUACCAUGCCCUCCUGCUAGUCCAUAGGAACAAAGAGCAGUGGAAAAAAGUGGUAUUGAGAGCUGUAUAUUAGUAUUAAAUUAUCACUAUGUGAUGAACAAAAUUGGUUGAAGUUUUACUUGUUAAUUUUGUUUUGAUAAUCUUCAGGGCUGUGCGAAUCCAGAAAUUUUGGUUCGAAUCCAAAUCCGAAUCAUAGCUGUACAGAUUUUAUCGAAUCCGGAUCGAAUCCGAAUAUUUUAAUUAAUCCCGAGUCGAAUCUGGGUCGAAUUCGAAUCUCAAAUUUACAGCCAUUAUCGAACCUGGAUCGAAUCCGAAUCUGAAAUUUAAAGCUGUUAUCGAAUCCGAAUAUUUAAACCUGUUCAGAGUCGAAUCCAAAUCCGAGGAAAGUCAGCAGUACCAAUUUUCACAUUUUUAGACCACAUUUUCUGGGGCUGAAAUAACUUAGGGAAUUGCUUAAAAAAAUUCUUGAAAUGGGCCAAAUAAAAAAGUUAUAAAACUUAGGCCUACCUAUUUGAAGUUUUGAAACUAAAAAAUUGGGCAUAAGUUAGGCAUACCACCUAGGCCUGCUAAAAGUGAUGGACUACCAAUUUGUGUAGUCUAAAACAUAGGCCCAGCCUAUUAUACACCUUGGUGUUAAUCCUCCACACAAGCCUAUGUCUGCAUUACAAGUAACAACUAACACUGUGAGGUUAAGUUUACUGGUAGCCAAGAUAGGGUUCAAAUGCGACCUACACUAAUGUUCCUAAAACCUAACACCAAGUUGGUCAGGUUCCUAACAUGAACCAGUCAACAGCAAAUCGGAGUGCACAAGUAGUUUUUUAGUGUCUAAAAAAUUAUAUUGAAAAUUAUAUUCAAUCAGAAUCUAGUAAAUUUGAAUAUCGAAUCCCAACUCGGAUCUAUUUCCAAGAAAUUCGAAUAUCGAAUCCGAACCCGGAUCUCUUACCAGUAAAUUCGAAUAUCGAUUCCGAAUCCGAAUCCAGUUAGAAACAGUAGAUUCGUUCUCGAAUCCGAAUCGAAUCUCUAAAAAGAUGAAAUGAAAUAUUACUCAUAACAAAUUAAUUUAAUGUAUAUGCAAAAUAGACAAAGCUCAAGAUGUUAGUGCACUAUGUCAGGUUGUCCAUGAACCAAGGCACGUCACUUGAAGUGUAAGGAGUCAGUGGAACAUCGUAAGGCAUCGGAAAUUCCUGAGCGCCACCGGUUAUCUGGUUGACUGGAAAACUGAGUG